AAUCACGUUGCGUAGUUAUCUGCAUUCAGAUAGCUGUGACUGUGUGUGUUUUCUCGGCGACGUGCAUGCAGUACCGGCAUCUUGUACCGGCGGAAUUUGAGAAUGAGAGAUCAAUCAAACUAAGAAGCUUGUAAAGACAACUGAUAAUCUAUUCAUAUUGUGGAGACCAAUCUACCCCAAGGAGCAGCCCAAAAAGUAUUUUUCCCCCAACUCCUGAGUCCUUAAACAUCAAGGAUAUUACAAUUAAAAUAGUGAGUUAUCUGCCCUAGUCAGAAGGAAUGGAGAACGGCUACCAUAAAAAACCAAGAUGGCAGGUCAGAGCAUCAGACGCUUCUCUACGCACCAUCAAUCCAAUCCGUGGUAUCGUUGAUGGUAUGAAACUGGAACCUAACCCGGAUAAGGAUAUCAUCGCUCUAUCAAUAGGUGAUCCAACCAAGUUUGGUAAUCUAGAUCCUAGUGAAGAUGUUGUAGAUGCUGUGAAUGUAUCACUAAAAUCGGGAAAGAAUAAUGGCUACAGUCCUUCUGUGGGUUAUGUUGAAGCUCGUGCUGCAGUAGCCAAGCAAUAUUCACAUCCUGAUGCCCCUCUUACCUCUGAGGAUGUGAUCCUGUCUUGUGGAUGUUCAGGUGCUAUAGACCUAGCUAUUGGAGUAUUAGCUGAUGCAGGUCAGAACAUUCUGGUCCCAAGACCAGGCUUUGCACUCUAUACCACCCUCUCUGGAAGCUAUGAUAUUGAGUACAAACACUAUGAACUAUUGCCCUGUAAGUCAUGGGAGAUUGAUCUUGAGAACUUAGAAUCUCAGAUUGAUGAGAAGACGGCUUGUAUCGUGGUUAACAACCCAUCCAAUCCAUGUGGAUCAGUCUUCUCUAAGGAACACAUUCAAGACGUCAUUAAAAUUGCAUCGAAGCACCAUCUUCCUAUUGUAUCUGAUGAGGUGUAUGCCGAUAUGGUAUUCUCUGGCCAUACCUUCUAUUCAGUGGCAUCAUUGGCUUCUAAUGUUCCCGUGCUUACAUGUGGAGGACUGGCUAAAAGAUAUCUCUGUCCAGGAUGGCGUCUUGGCUGGAUUCUUAUCCAUGAUCCAGUCGGAGCAUUUGAAGAAGAGGUUCGGUUGGGACUCUUCAGAUUGUCUACCAAGAUUCUUGGACCCUGCACACUGAUACAGAGUGCUCUUCCAGCCAUCUUUGAGAAGACAUCAAACAGCUUCCAUGAGAACACUAUGGAUGUAUUGAAGACGAAUGCUGAAAUAUGUUUUAAAUUCUUGGAUUCAACACCAGGCUUGAAACCCAUCAUGCCCAAUGGAGCUAUGUAUCUCAUGUGUGGACUUGAGAUAGAUAAAUUUGAGGGCUUCACGGAUGAUAUGGAGUUUGUUCAAUCUCUGAUGUCAGAACAGUCGGUUUUCUGCCUGCCAGGAAAAUGUUUUGAUUAUCCAAACUUCUUCCGAGUUGUGUUGAGUGUUCCAGAAGAGAAGACGGAGGAAGCUUGUCAACGGAUCAAAGACUUCUGUACCCGGCAUUAUAGAGGUGGUGUCAUCAACACCGUAGAGGAGACAUGAAUGAGCAGCUGACCAGAAAAUCAAGAAUAUUCAAAGAGUAUUGAUGAUACAGGAAUUUAUUAAAGUAUAUUAUAGUUCAUUUGAUGGUGGCAAAGUGUGACCAGUAUUGCUGCUUUGUAAUAGGGAAAUUGUAUGAAGUCAAUUGUGCAAAGAUCUUUAACUUGUUUUAUUGAUUUUCCAUGGUGUCAUGCUUUUACUUUUAUGAUAUAGAGGAUAUGAACAUUGUAUGAGAGAUUGUAGUCAUGAAAAAAUUCCCUGUAGAUAUGCUCCAUAAUGUGAUGUGCUGCAUAUCGAAAUUCUUUUCGAAUAUACUGUAUAAUCGAAUCCCCACUGGACCACAAUCUAUGGUAAAUAUGAAAUAGAUAACGUUUUUAUCCAGUAUUACAUGGUAAUGAAUUAUGCGUAGCAUAUUGCUGGUAGACUGACUGGGGAAUUAACUCCCAUGAUGCCUUGUGAUAGCACAAGAUCUGUUUUCAUAUUAUUUGUCACUAAAGUAUGUGGCUGUAAAAGCUAAGAACUGAUUGAAUAUUUCUAGUUUUUUACCAUUGUGUUUAAAUGGAAAAGUUGUGUGCAAUAUAUAAUUCCAUUUAGUAUGAAGGUAUUAUUCAGUCACUAAAGUAUAUUUCCCUUCUGCUAUCUUUGUUGACCACAAUCAAUUCUGUUGGAUGGCCUUUAUUUAAUGUCAUGUCAAAUUAAACAAAACCAAACUGUAUUUGAGUCUUCAUUUACUUUUAUUCAACAUGACUUGUCAUAUUAUCUGGUAUAGUUGAAAUGCAGACUCUUCUUUUUACCAAAUUUUAAUUUAUUCAAAGGUCCAAUGUGUACACAAGUUUUCAUAGAUUCCUUUAGAUGAUGGUGUGCAUGUUUAUAGAUGCCUGCUUAUUGACAUUACAGCAUUUAUUAAAGGUCAAGUCCACCACAGGAAUAGAGAAAAAUCAAACUAGCGUAACACUGAAAAUUUCAUCAAAAUCUGAUGUUAAAUAAGAAUGUUAUGACAUUUUAAAGUUUCGCUUAUUUUUUAAAAAACAGUGAUAUGCACAACUCAGUGACAUGCAAAUGAGACAGUCGAUGAUGUCCCUCACUCACUAUUUCUUUUGUUUUUUAUUGUUUGAAUUAUACAAUAUUUCAUUUUUUACGAAUUUGACAAUAGGGACCAACUUGACAGAACCAUAUAGUAUUAAACAAUACUAAUUCCACAUGUUCAGGGAGGAAGCAUCGUUGUUUCACUUGACAAUGAGGAAAAAAUGAGAAUAUUUCAUAUAAUAAAAUACAAAAGAUAUAGUGAGUGGAUGACGUCAUCAGUCGACUCAUUUGCAUACCGACUAGGAUGUGCAUAUAACUGUCUUGUGAAAUUAAGGGAAACUUUAAAAUGUCAUAACUUUCUUACUUUACAUCCGAUUUUGAUGAAAUUUUCAGUGUUAUGCUUGUUGGAUUUUUCUCUUUUUAUUCAAAUAAACUUUUUGUUGGGGUGGACUUGUCCUUCAAUUAUUAUUCAUUGAUACUGAAAUUGUGUUUGUUAUAAAUGUUUGCAAACAUGGCUGUUUGAGUUUGUAUUAUAUUUAAAUGUGAGAAAUGAUAGCAAUAGCAGGAUGUUUUCUUUUCCUUGAUAUAACACAUGAUGUAAAUAUUUAGUUUGCUUUGCCAUUGAAGUGUUCAUGUUGCCUUUAUAUAAGAGUUAUUAUGACAUGGUUCAUAUGUAUUUGUGUGCUUCCAAACUUAGUUUGCCAUUUUAUAGAAGCAAUAAUUCUAUACUGAAUGCUGAGUGGCUCAAUGGUUCGAGCACCAGUUUCAUGAACAGCUGCGGGUUCAAAUUCUGGCCAAGUCAUACUAAAGACUGAACGGAAAAUGGAACCUCUUUCUUCUAGUAAAGGUGCUCAGCAUAAUACUUAUAGGUUGGAGAUAGGUAGGUAUUCUGGUCCUGUUGGACAAGAAUUUUCAUUUAUAUUGUUUUUAUUAUUGUUAUUAUUGUUACUGUUAUUAUAAUUAUUAUCAUCAUCAUAAUCGUCUUUGUUAUCAUUGAUAUGUGAAGAAAUAACCUUUUGUGCCACAAGGCAUUUAAUUUGGCAACAUUACCGGCAUUGUUUGUGUAUAUGUGAUAUAAUACGAUUGAAUUAAUGUUUUGAUUGCCUAUUCCAUGUAUUGUGUGCCUGUUCUGCCUUAGUUUUUCCAAACCAUGAAAUAUUAAAACUGAAACUCUGAGGCCCAUAUUCUGAAGUCAGGUUUAACUUAGACCAUGGUUUAACCCUAAUUCUCCCGGGGGGGGGGGGGGGGGGGGCAUAAUGGCCCCCCCUCGACAAUUUUCGCGAUAUAUCUGCUGCACAAAAUUUUUUAACCUCGCCGCUCACUGACUUUUUACUUUCAAGUCUCGCGCAAAUUUGAGUCCAAAUUUGUGACGGCCGGGUACACGGUUACGACAUUACGCAACAUUAUGUAAGUGCAUGUCAGACCCCAAAUUGCUCAUAAACGUGAUUUCAUGUACAAAUCCAAUGCAGAUUGUGUAUUAGCCAAAAUUCAUAAAUGUAUCAUUAUUUCUACUUUUACUGAUUAAACUUAGUUAAUUUUGCCUUGUUUAUGAUCAGCAUUAAGUCUGGAACGAUUUCCAUCGAAAAAACAAAGAAAUACAUAAGAAAUUUAAAAAACAAUAAAAUACAUAAGAAAUCGGUCUUGGUACCAGAAUUUUUUUUCAUUCACAAUUGUUAGGAAUGCUAUAAAGAAUAUUUUCACCAAAAGAUAGCAUUCUAGGAGCUUUAUUUAGUGAAUCAGAGCAAAAAGUAUGAUUUCAUGAAUAAAUUAGCAUAAUUAAUUCAUAUAAAAUAAAAAUAUAUGAAUUCAGUGAAAUUUACCAAUGCAACUGCGUAGAUUACGUUAUUCUCUACCAUCAUGCAAAUUUUAGUUGUGAUCGCGCAAUCCGCGGCUGAGAUCUUAAGGGGGGGCCAUAAUGCCCCCCCC